AGACGGUCUCACUACGUGGCUUCUGCAAGGAUGAAAAUGAUGCUACUCUGCACUCUCCUGAUGACUUGUGUCUGCUGCUCAGGGCUGCCAAUUUAUGAUCCCAGACAAGUUGCUCUUAUCAGUGCAUUAGACGCAUCUCUUGACCAGUUGAACAGCCAGUCCUUGGGCAGGAACCUGCUCAGAGUAUCACAGACCAGAGUAAUGACAGUCGUACCCUCACUACAGGUGGGAGAUACAAAGGAUGUGGGUGCGGUAUUUGAAGUAACGUUGCAGUUCAGUGUAAGAGAAACCACAUGCAGUAAGAACACGGCUAUGAACCCCGGAGAGUGCGAAUUUCGGACAGAGACAUACAUGGAAACACCCUGUGAAAGUCAAGUAUUAGUAUCACAUGGAAAAUCUUUGGUAUUGAAAGCUCGUUGUAACCUACGUAACGCCAGAUCAUCUGAAUCACACAGAAGUGAAGAGAUAUUCCUGAGAACUCCCAACUCUGCACGAAGAGGCCUAAGAACCAGUCCAGAGAGGUUUCCAUCCCAGUGGGAUCCACAUGGAAAAAGGAAUCACAAUUUGAACCCACGAUGGGAAGAAGAGGAUGAAUGGGUUCUGGACCACUACAUACUGGAAUAGAUUUACUGCAAAUAUAAAUGCUGUUUUGAUACUUUGACAAUGUGACAAGAGCUCAAUUAAGCAUACUCAUCCUGUUGAA